AUGAAGCCAUUACAGAGUCUGUUGUUUGCAAUUUUACUCGCCAAAUCCUCUCUGGGUUGGCUUACUUGCAUGGCAAAAAUAUAAUUCACAGGUACAAUUCACAUUUAAUUUGGUUUGUUGAAACAUCUACAUGGUGUUGCAAAUUAGAAUUUAACACUUAUGUUUGUGAAAUUUCUAUUUAUCUCUUCAGUGUGGCAUUAGUAUUGUGGUUAAUUUGCUUAAUAUGACACUUUAUUUGACAUUUGGAAUUUAUUUCUUUUCUUGUGUUGAUAGGGACAUCAAAGGGGCUAAUUUGCUUGUUAAUUCAUCUGGAGUUGUCAAGCUUGCUGAUUUUGGGCUGACUAAACAUCUUACUGGACCAGCUGCUAAUCUUUCUGUUAAGGGAACUUAUCACUGGAUGGCUCCUGAGAUCUUCAAACGUGAUCUUUAUGCAGAUCAUUGUUGUAGUUCUGUUCUUGCUCUUGCUGUAGAUAUUUGGAGUUUGGGUUGUACUAGUAUUGAAACUAGUAUUUAACCCGCGCAAUGCACGGGAUCAUUUGAAAUCUCAUAAGUUGCAGAGAAAUUUGUGUAAUAAAAUAAUUUUUUAAAGAAAAAAAAUUGUUGUAAAGUGUGUAUGAUA